UUGGAUUCUCGGUGAAGAGGGAUAAAGAGAAAUGGAAUGACAUAGGAAAUGGUCCCCUUCCUUCAGGGACCCACGUGGUAGAGGUGGGCGAGUUCUGUGAGCAGAGACUGGAGAGCUUCUCCUGAUGAUGAGGAUAAGGUAAACUGGAGAACAAAGGCCUUUGGGCUGAAAGAUGUCUACAGGCAUUGUGAAUUUUGGAAACAAAUUGAAGCUACAAGAUUGUCUGCAUUUCCAGCAUACGUGCAUUUGUAAAGAAAGAAUGAGUUCCAUAAUGGUACAUGGCUAUGCUCAGAUAUGGAACAAGAGGACAGGGAUGUCCCAGCCACAAGAAGUAUUCAUUGAAACAGUGCAGGGAAGGAAGUACUUUAAACUGCUGAUCUACUUGAAGACUGGAAGAGUCAGAACUUUAAAGCUAAAUAAUAACAUUAAACAUGUGGCCCUUCAACCCUAUGGAGUAAACCUCAGUAGCAUACAUGUGACUUUCCAAAAUGAUGGCUUCUUGUUUGUUGAAAAAUUAUCCUCCACAGAUGCUGAACACCUGAAGGCAUUCCUGGACAGGGUCCAUCAAAGCAGUUCUGAACCACACAUGAGCUCUGAUAAGGGAGGGGUUGCGUCUACCUCCACGGGAACACAGACCAGUGAAAUUUUAUUGCCCAAAGAUUCUGAGACAUCAGGUGAGGGAUGCUCAGGGACAGACAAAGAACAGGAAACAUCUGUUCAUCAGAAGAAAUCUUUGCUUACAUCCAAAUCAUCAAGACUUACUGAUGAAGAUUCAGAAAAUCGAUACAGGAAGAAGAAAAAAAUGUCACCCUCUGAUCCAGAGGUGAAUGAAAAUGAGAAAUCCCUGACAAAAAAAAAUAUAAGAGAGAAAUCCAAGGCAAAUCCCUUGAAGUAUAAAAGCUACAGUUGGAAGAAGGAAAUAAAGGCAGAAGAGUUUAAAAACAGUAAAAAGCUGGCAUCUUUAUUAGUGGCCAGCUAUUUUAAGAAGACUUACGUAGAUGGUACCACCCUCCAGUUUCUCACUGAGAACACACUUGAACAGUUUUUGCUGGCAAUAAAGCGUAGUGAGCGUGGCACAGAGUCGGAGUUGUCCCGUAGAUUUUACCACUCGGCAGUAUGGCAAGGUCUCCCCAAUUUGGGAAACACCUGUUACAUUAAUGCAGUUUUACAGUCUCUGUGUUCAAUUCCAUUUUUUGCUAACGAUGUACUCAAUCUGGGUUUCCCAUGGGGAGGAAUUUCCCAUAAUUUAUUUUGCCUGUGUGUGGCUCUGCUGCUUACUAUGAAAGAUGUUUUUAACGUGAAAAUCAAGGAGAAGUUACUUGUGGUGAUUAAAAGAGCCAUUUCAGUAAUUUCAGAGAUGUUCCCUGAAGAGAGUCAGAAUGAUGCACAUGAAUUUUUAAGCUUCUGCUUACAACAGAUGAAGGAGACCUUACAGAAAUCAAAUGUAGUUUUGGAUUCUGAAAAUGAAUUUCAGGAAGAAAAUUCAUCUCAGCAGGCUUUUGCUGGUGUUUCCGCUGCCAGAGGGGCUGAUUGUCCUGUCGUGACUAAUUUCGAGUGUGAGUUGCUGCGCUCUAUUUUUUGUAAAGCUUGUGGACAGGCUAUUUACAAAAUAGAACCGAGUAUUUAUCUCUCCAUCAACCUUCCGCAAGGAAUGAGAGCACGUCCUUUGUCUAUUCAGUCUACUUUUGAUCAUUUCUUCGCAGCAGAAGAGCUUGAGUAUAGGUGUGAGAACUGUGCGUACAAGAAAUCUGUUGUUGUACACAGUUUCAGCAGGCUUCCUAGGGUUCUUAUUAUUCACCUGAAACGCUAUCGCUUUGAUAAGUUUUUCCAGCUAAGUAAGGAUGAUCAGGCAGUUAUUGUUUCUAAAUACUUAGAUUUGUCUUCUCAUUGCAAGGAGGACACCGAGCCACCUGUUCCCCUUCGCAAGGAUGCACACAUUAGAGACUUACGAUUACUAAAAGCUUUUCAAAAGCUAAGUUUGAAAAUCAUUUUAUCAUUAUCUUCAGUGAAAAAGUCCAAAUCUAAAUAUAAGUCUAAGUCCAAGUAUCGCAUAGCAAGACGGGUUAAAUCAGUCAAGAAGCCUGAACCACAAAAAUCCCAGCAGUUUCUUAAAGGGAAAAGAAGAGUAUGCGUGCAGGAAAACCCAAGAAAAGUUCAUAAAGCGGAUACAAGAGAGUCAGAAUCGGCAUGCUUUAGAGAUGGGGCAUCAAUUGGAACAAAGCAAUUAGCCACCUCAGUGAUGAAUCUGGAAGACACUUCCCUUCCACUGUUCUACAGAAAUGCAGAUAAACCCUCUGGAAGACCAGACACAUGUCUUACAGAAGCUCAAUUGCCAGGAGUGCCUGAAGAUCCAAAACUAAGGAAAUCUAAGAAAAAAAAUACAUUUGCAGAAUCCGAUUUUGAUAGCUUCAGUGAGACAACUGAAGAGUUUUCCAAAAAUAAGAGAGCCAGAAUUCCAGAAAGAUCCCAGGAAGUGGCUGAACAAAGUGAGCACUGUGAUAGACUGGAAGUUCAUGAAGAAGCCCCUCAGCAGAUACUUCAUGAAGGCCUUCCAAAGCCAGAUGCCCAGGAGCACAGCCUGAACCUUAGAGGAUGUACAGAAUUAAGUCCCCAGAAGGCUAACCCUGGAAACAAAGAUAUUUUAGGUAAGAAGACAGAGUCAGAAACCCAGGAACCAGGAAAAAAGGCUAAUGAGAAAAAUCCUUAUACCUAUAGGCUCAUUGGUAUUAUCAGCCAUAUUGGAAAUACCCCUGAUUCAGGACACUAUAUCAGCGAUGCCUACAACUUUAAGAAGCAGGUCUGGUCGACUUACAAUGAUUUACUGGUAUCACGUAUCUCAGAGUCCCUGGUGCAGAAAUACAGGCUUUGUACAGGGUACAUCUUCUUUUACAUGCAUAAUGAGAUCUUUGAAGAGCUGCUGCAAAAGUUCAAGACCACCCAGUCCCCAUCCCAGUUCCCAUCCCAGUCCCCAUCCCCACCCCCACCCCCGUCUCAGUCUCCGGCCCGGUCUCAGUCUCUGUCUCUGUCUCCGUCUAAGAAGUCUCAGUCUAAGACCCCCCCCCCCCCCGUCUCAGUCUCCGGCCCGGUCUCAGUCUCUGUCUCUGUCUCCGUCUAA